AUGUUUGGAAACCUCGAUCAACGUUUACCAACAAUCACCACCACAUUUGUCGAUCAAGUCGUGACCGCGCCUCGAACUAGCAAACAUAGAAGUCAGAGCAACAAGGUCGAUGGCGCAGAAUUCGACUGUAUCUCCAGAAAACUCUCUCAUUUGAUGGUCGACAGCACAAAGAAUGGCAUUUUAGGAUCAUUUUGGGAUUUGAAUGGACAUGAUGGAGAGGGUGUUGAACUUGCGUCUAUACGGACAGCAUUGAACAAUGAUUACCCUGAAUAUGUAUUGAACGCUGUACAGAGAUUGAGAAGAUACCUUUGUGGAGACAAUGUAUCCAACCAUACCGAAAAGGUGCUUUAUAUGCGAAUCCUUGAACGACUCAAGCACUUGUUGAGCUCCAAUAUGGGAGAGUUGACAGACAAGAUUCAUUAUGAGGCAUGCUGGGUAUUGACCAACGUCGCAGCAGGCAACCCCGCACAAACAGCAUCUGUAGUAGAAGGUGGAUUGAUUUCAUCGUUGGUUCAGCUCUUGUCAUCACCAUCUGGGAAGGUUAGGUUACAAGCUGCAUGGACUUUGGGAAACAUUGCUGGCGACUGUGAAAGGUUUCGAGAUGCUGUAUUGGAAUGCAACGCUGUAGAGCCACUACUUCAUAUAUGGGAAGGAACCGUUGAUGAUGAUAACGAAGAAAGAUCAGCUUUACAUGUUGCUAUGUGGACAAUUGGGAACAUUUGUCGGUGGGAUAUGACGAAAGGCCAAUGGGACAAGAUAUCACCAGCAUGGCCAGUACUACAACGGAUAUUGACUAUGGAUGUAGAAGACGUUGUUAUCGCAGAAGUAUGCUGGGCGUUUGCUCGAAUUGCAUUUCAGAAACCAACUGGUGGAUUCCCAGAGGUCCUUGUUCGACAACUUAUCAGUCGUCUCAGCCUGCCUCGAUCUCGAAUUGUAAUGCCAUUGGUCUUGGAAUGUGGAGUUCUGCCAUAUCUCGAAAAUUUGUUGACUACCAACGUUGCCUCAUAUCUACGAGAAGAAGCCUUGUGCAUACUCAACAACAUUGCCAGCGUACGAGGAGAUGUACUCGUCUCUGGUGGGUUCCAAUCCCUCAUAAUUAGGAUAUUAGGUGACACAAAGGGUGAUGCCAGCGUGAAGCAACGAAAAGAGGCCUGUCUGAUUGUAAAUAACAUGGCCGCCAGCCAAGAUCCCAAUCAACUACGAGCACUACUCCACAACCGCAUCGUAGUCCCUUUGCUAUCGUUUCUAAAAGACAUGGAAGCCGAUAUGCCAGCUCAAGAAAAAGCUAUCGAAUGCCUACACUCCCUAUGGAUGUGUAGUGCAGCUGAUGGAGUCAACCCAGUAACUCAAGAGCUGCGAAAUACUGGAAGCACCCCAACACAAUUCUAUGAUAUGCUGUGGAAACUAUACACGAGUCUUGAUGCAGCCGUACAAGUAGGAGAUGAAACAGGCAUGAAGACAACCGCAAAUGGAGUAGAGGAUGAAGAUUACGAUGGUGAUGAUUUGGCAAACUCCUUUACCCAACAUGCAUAUGUGCAAACCACAUCAGGAGUCCAUGCUGUGCCCGUACCCGACCAAAACACGAGAAGAGCACGAGAUGCUCUGAAUACCAUGCUACGAAACAUAUACCCUGACGAAUACAAGACACGAGAAGCAGCAUACCAAAUAGAGAAGAAAAGUUUUGUGGGGGUGUUUGGAAGGUUUACGAAAUUGAGUACUGGGGGUAGCAAGGGUGUCGAAACAGGAGCAGCUACGACUGUGAUGAAUAAUGUUGAGGGUGGGAAUUUGAAGGAUGUCGGUGUUGUCGCUCCGACUGUUGGCAGGCCUAGAGGUAUUGCUGCCGCAUUUGGAGCAGCUGCUAUCUCGAGAGUAGCUUGA